AUGCCUAUAAAGAAAAAUAAAAAUAAAAAUCCACCUAACGGUGAGGAGGACGCAAGCGAGGUCAGCUCGCUUGCGAAUAUAACCGAGGCGCUACAUGCAUCGUGUGCACGUGCCUCUAGCAGGAAGGAGUCGGACUCAGAGUCCGACUCAUCAUUGUCUGGCGUCAGCAUCGCGCUGCGCCACAAGAAAGACCGGGGCGUUUUUAAACGUCCCAGGUUGGAGCCGUCUUCCAACGAGCAGGAGGCCCCAGCCCCCAAAAUCCCCACGGCUGCGCGGGGUAGGGGCAAGGGGAAGGGCUCCACAAGGGCGGCUGGGAGCCGAUCCGAGCCGGCAGAGCGGCUGGCAGCGGAGGGGAGCGCCCUGGGAAAGGCUGCCCCCUCGGACUCCUCGGAGAUGGAGACCUCCGGUGGCCCGAGCGUACGGCGCGUAGCGUUCCGCGCGCGCCUCAAAGAGCCAAUAGACCACCACAGACGGGGCCCUAAAGGGCUGAUGUUCAGCCGGGGUUGCGGGGUAAGCGCAAUAAGGUACCGCGACCUCGGCACAGAGCAGGAGAAGGAACAGGGGGGUUUUUAACCCUCUGAGCUGCCGGAUUCGGAUAUUGAACGUCUCCUCUGUCUCGCAAUCAUGUUAUCCGGAUGUCUGGUGAUAACCGGUGUAGCAGUGGCGUCCUUGUCCCUCGUCAUCAGUCUCUACAUGAGACCCGAGGAGACCUUCCGAUCAAGAUACAGGCUAAUUAUGAAGGAAAUGAAAGAUACACAAGUGCCGAUUGUGCUCAGGGACAAGGUGGAGACGUUUUAUAGAAUGUACUGGCAUAAAGCGCGCGCUGUCUCCAAGACUCGGCUACUGCCGACCUACCCCCCUACUGUGCCAGCGUCUGUCAACGUCGACAUAUAUUUUGAAGCCACGCAGAAAGCUCGAGUCCUUCGGGACCUGACGUACCAAAUACUGUCAGAGCUCGCGAGGACGAUGCAAACCAUACACUAUAUCCCCGGAGAUGCCAUUAUCAAACGAGGAUCUAAGAAGUGCAAGAUUAUUUACAUCACUUAUGGAGAUAUUGAAAUGCUGACUGCAGAAGAUGACACUACACCAAUUUUGCGAUUUACUCGCGGAACUGUGCUAACACCAUGUGGCUGUGCUGCUGCAGCUGCUGUGGGCACCUCCCAUCUGGCUGUCCGGGCUGCUACCUUCUGCACAGCACAUGUCCUCACUGCAGCAGACCUUUGGAGGGUUAUCACUAAGCACGCCUCUUCACAGGAUCAUGCUGGGCCCAUACUAGCUUCCUUCACUGAUCACAUUGAAAAAGUGAAACGACAUUACCAAAUGAAGAUACCUGAUAAGGCUGUCCACAAAAGCAGCAUCUUGCAUUUCAACCGCAACCUCAUGUCUCUGAAGAAGAUGAAGAAUGCGAACGGAGAACCCUUGCUGGAAAGUCCCGACAUCUUCCUUGAAAUUGCUGGCUGUUAUAUCAUGAGGAAUCGCUCCAGAGCUACUCAAACAGACACAUCCGACGUGAUAUGCUUGCGACCGAUAUUCCCCUGUAUCCUGCAUCCGUCCUCAUCGUUGCUGUUCGCAUGGCAUGCUCUCGUAGCCACACUGAUUCUCAUCAUCUGUAUUACCCACCCUUACAACUUGGUGUAUAAGAAAUCAGUGACAUUGACGUUCCGUUUCUUCGACUACGUCAUGACUGCUGUAUUUAUUCUGGACCUCAUCGUGCACCUGUCUACUGGAGCCAACGUUGAAGAAGGAGUACCCAUAACGUUCGCGGAGACAUCAUCCCAGCAGAUGCGCAGUCACUGGUUUGUGCUGGACGUGGUGGCCACGCUGCCUAUCUUUGAGUUCGUCGGUGAUGGACACUUUGCUGGCAUUAAUAAGCUCCUCAGGCUGCCAAAGCUGUUCCGUGUGCUCAAGGGCUUGGAGGAGAGCUGUGUGUAUCACAGUAACGUGCUCCGCUUCCUGACCUACACGCUAUUGCUUCUCAUUGCCUGCUACCUCAUCGCUUCCAUGCAACAGGCCUUCAUGUGCUACCAGUCUGGGUAUUGCUUAGUGACGAACAUGACUCACCGACCCUUCUGGGACCGAAAACCUCUCGACGAAGAAACAGUCCAAGAGAGGAUAGUAUUCGGAUUGUACUGGUCCAUUUCGAUGAUCAAUUUGAUCUACCACAGGGAGACGUGGCGCACUGGCAACUGGGAGAACAUAAUUUACACCAUGGUCAUUCUGGAGAUUUGCGUCGUCCUUCGAAUCUUUAUGGAGUCCGUUUACUCUGCAACUAUAAUGGUUACCACAGCUCUGAGAGAAGAUUACGACUCCCGUAUCGCGACGGUGAAGAGUUUCCUAAUCAGGAAUGAAGUGAACCCUGUAUUGAGGAAACGGUUCAUUGAGUAUUUGCAGUUGUGUUGGUAUACUGACAAGGCUUUCACAAUGACACAUAAGAACGCGAACAUAUUCUACGAUCUGCCACCGCAUGUCUACCAAGACAUUGUGAGUAGAAACCGAAGCAAGUACAUACUGAUCAUACCUUUUAUGAGGCUGCUUUCCAAGGAAGACCUCAGAGUGAUAUCGUCACAGGCCAAGCUGUUUUACACCUCGCCCAAUGAGAUACUGCUCAACACUGGAGAACUCUCCAACGAGAUCUACAUCAUUAAACAGGGUUAUUGCGAGGAAUACCACAACGUGCAGAAAAAGAAGCCAGCAUUCAUGAAGUACGAACCGCCAGAGCCAACACCGAAUAUGAUGAGGUUCCGACUGCCCAGGAAACAUGAGCCAGACACAGAGUUCCUGUACCCCUUCAAUAGACUGGGAUUCUUGUCUAUAUUGCGCUAUGUGUUCCCUCGGUACACGAUCCGGCCUGACGGCAACUACCUUCUCCGCUACGAGUGGUUCCGAGUCAGCUGCGCCCUGUUGUCUGCGCAGCUGUUCCCGCACUAUACCUACCUAGUGCUGCAGUGGCCCUGGCUCUACUACGUCGCACUCUUCCUCGAUAUGUCCGCGUAUUUUGAUAUUGGCCAACGCAUGCUGAUAGGCUACUUCAAUGAGGGAGGGAUCCUGGUGUACCAUCCUUCCAGCACAGCGGCAUACUAUUUAAAGGGAGCUUUUCUGAUGGAUGUAGUUUCCUGCCUACCCCUUGAAAACUUGGAAUCGGCCCGAAAGGACACCUAUGAUUCUAAACUUCGCGUGACUCCGACAAAACAGUUCCUGAUGCUGAACCGCCUCAUUCAACUCUAUAGGAUGCCUAGUGCUAUGAUGGCGCUCAAGGAACACAUGUCGAGACAGGAUCUGCUAUUAGUGUUCCAAGCAGUACCGCUAUACAUGACAGUGUUAAACGUGAUGACAUGCUUUAUAGUCUUCUACUCCGUAAGGAUAUUUUACUCCGUAAACGAUGAUGGUGGCUACGAUUGGCUGAUAAUACCUUUCGAUGAUGUAGGAGGAUCCUGGCUGCAUUUAUUUCAGGAUACGCUUCGCUUCAACGUGACGGAGACACCAUGGAACUUGCACGUGGCUAUCUACUUCUGGGUGGUAUACGAGUGCAGCACCACUGGCUAUGGAGUGUUUCAACCUAGUAACAUUGAGAUCAUGCAAGUCCUGUUCAUUGGGAUUGCUUGCAGUGCAAUGAUAAUCACGUACUAUUCGGUCCAGAUCAUCAGUAUACGUGCAAAUGUCAACAAGUCUCUGGCUAGCUUCCAAGAACACAUGGAGGACAUUAGGGUGUAUCUGGCUAGAGAGAAGAUAAGUGGAGAUUUGCAAAAGGAGACUCAGCGUUAUUACGAGUAUAAUUGGGAGAAGAUGGGUGGCAUCGACUACCUAGGAGUUCUGAAGCUGUGCGACCAGAUCACGCUGCGGACUGACGCCAUAUUGCAUAUCUAUGGACCCACUUUUGCUAAGUGUCCAAUUUUGGUAAACGCAAAUAUAUCUUUGCUUCGUACUAUGGGGCGAGCAGUUCACAGCGUGUACUUUCUCCACGAUAUGAAGAUCUUGGAGCAUGACGACAUGGUCACUGACAUGUACUUCGUGGACCAUGGAGGAGUGGAGGUCAGAGUCGUCUCUGGAGACAACACCCAGAUCGUACGACUACCCAGGGGCAGCGUCUUCGGCAACCUGGAGACUGAGGAGCCACGUCGCAGCCCUUACAACGUGGUAGCGACAGGUCGCCUACACCUACUGAUGAUCAAGACCAGUGUAUUCGCCACCAUCGCCAAGGAUUUCCCUGAAGUCAAGGAUCUUUUGAACAAAUCCAAAACUGGAAUUGGAACGGAUAAAACGAUGUAUAUCCUGGGUGGUGACACCAUGGUCAGGGUCAGACGUACUGCCACAAUGAGUAACGGACCACCUCGAAACAAGACCAAUAUCAUCAAGUACAUCUACUUCCAAGAAUACGCGGUACAGAUCUACCUGAUGGUUGUAAGCCUUGCUUGCAUCUAUUUGGACAUGUUGAAUGCGGGAUACCAGAUCAACAGCACCUGGAUAUUAGCCACGCUUUACGCUCUGGAUGUGGCAUUCUUUUUGAAGAUAUUCACUCAACACGCCUUGCCAUUCCUGGUUUCAAACAAAAAUAUAAAGAAAGUGAUGAUGCCUAUUAGAAAAAUGUAUUUCAAGCUGGAAUUCAAAUACGAUUGCAUAUCAGUACUGCCAAUAGAGUUGUUCAGCUUUGCCAUCACUGAGAACAGCCUGAAGUGGAUGGUGUUCUCCUGGCUACGCCUAAAUCGAAUCUUUAGAAUAGCAACAGUGUAUAAAUGCAUAAAGCGUCGCAAGGAGAGCAUCACGGUAAACCUGACGGUGACCACGAUAGUGGCGGUGGUGAUCUGGUUCACGCUAUUCGCGCACACCACCACAUGCCUCUGGCACUUCAUUGGUAUGAUGGAGGACUCCGUCCAAGCUAACUCUUCGUGGAUAUACAAGAACUCGGGCCAAAGCCACUGCGACAACCACUACAUUUGCUCUCUGUACUUCGUGAUCACGACGUUCACACGGAAUGGCGUCGGAGACAUCAUACCUAAGAAAAUAUCAGAGGUCAUCUUCGUAUCGAUCCUGCAGAUCCUAUCCACCAUGAUAGUCAUGGUGUACGUCGGAGAGUUCUCCAGCAUCAUCCAGUACCAGUCCUACAGGUCCUCCAGCUUCUACAGCAAAUACUUGGAGUUACAGCAUCAUAUUUUUGAGGAGUGUGAACCGGCUUUCUUGAGACAGCUGGUUGGAUGCUUGAAGCUCUAUACUUACAAUGAAGGGAUGUACGUGGUGAAAGAAAGUGAGAUCACGGAUGCAAUGUACGUGAUACACACUGGUAAAGUGAGGGAGACAUGUGAGGAGAUGGACGCCAGCGCCAGGGUCUACCCUGCAGGCUCCUACUUCGGCAUCAUGCAAGGACUUCUUCGCAACACCCCGUAUACUCACUCUUAUGAAACGGUGAUCAAGUCUCAAGUGCUCACCCUUAAACUCGAUGACUGGGAGUAUCUACUGAAACAGUUUCCGGACAGCAAAGAUGCUAUACAUAAACAUAUGAGGCAAUUAGGAGACGAUGAUACGGACCAUAGUAACUGGCCUGGAGGUCUCCCGACGACUCCUGUGCCACUAAUUGAAACCUCCGAUGUAACUGAUGCCCCUCGAAAAUACACACGAUACUCAGAAGGCAACAGGCGCCUUAAAAGCGAUUUCGAUGAAAAUAAAUUUGUAACACCACCAUCUCUAGAGAGAGUUUCACAUUUUGAUUUGCAAGUAGAGCAGUCCAAAUCAGAAGCGGUUUUAAAAAAAGAAGAAGAAGCAGUCGUAACAGUUGAAGAACACAAACAAACUAGUUUUUUGAUAAAAAUAGCUCACAUCGCAAGGAAGCUGAUGGGCAGGAUUUCUGAUCCUGAAAUAUUAACUGCAGUAUCCGGUGAAGGUAAAGACGAGCUUUUACUCGAAGAAGAUGAGGAAGCAACCGAGGCUUUACUUGCCCAGUUUGAGGCAGCGAGAAAACUGGCUGAAAAGGAAAUUAAUUUUAAAAAACUCAGUUCUCGGCGAAAGAACUUGUUAAAAGUGCCGAUGGAAGAUGAAAAUUUGGAAAAGCAAAUGUUUUCUAUAGAUAUAGACGAACCUGGUUCCGAAAAAUCUGAUUCUCAACCAUUCGUAAUGCGACCACUUCGGAUUCGCGAUUCGGAGUCUGAUUUCACUGCUACAAAUCUUCCUAACAAAGAAACAAAAGAUAUUCUUAACCUAGCAAUGCCGUCAAAAUCUAAGCUUGACCGUAAAUCAAAAUUUUCUAUAGGUCAAAGAGACGCUACUGCCACUACAGAUACAAUGGGUAAAGAAAAGGAAUCAGCUCAUAUUUCUCGAGCAGGGAGUACUACCACAAAUGAUGAAAAGGCUGCUAAAAGAACAACUGCAGUUACUUUGGAUACGAAUAAAAUAGCAACAUCAUUAACAGAAUCUCCAGAAAUACCAACUGACACAGCUACCACUAUGAAGGAAUCCUCAUUUACAAAAACUACCUUUGGAAUUACUGAUUCUAAAACAAAGCGUCCUUUUAGUCUACAAACUAUUGACUCACCUACAGCUGCAGUACCUGCAGCAACAUCGGAUGUCGAAGUUGUAAUCGAUGUGAUGGAAGCAGAUUCAAAAAUGGCUGAAGGAAGAACAGGAAGCCAAACUUCUUUAAAGAGCAACUUAAAGACUGUGUUCGAAAGAAUAACCACGGGCAUAGAGGAGAAAGUAGGUAAAACACUUCACACAAUAGAAGACAAAAUUUAUGAACCUAAGACUGGUUCAAGUAAAACUAAAUUAAAUGUAUUAAGCAACGUUGAUGCUACUAUAGAUUUAAAACCAAAACUUGCGUCAGACGUCGAAGACAAUGAAGAUGUUUCCUUGAGUGAAAUUUUAUCUAGUGAAGAAGAGAUUAUCGAGACCACGCUAAUGACAGAAAGCCUUCAUAUCAGUAAAGCGGAGUCAAAACCUAUAAUAGAUACUAAAUUAGAAACUAACGAUACAUUUAAAACGCUUCCCGACGCUGACCUAGAGAUAAACGACACUCAAUCUGAUGAAAAUGUUAUUGACAAGGCCAUCGAUUUUUUAUAUCCUGACUUGGAAACUGAGAAUAAUGUCAGUCAGGUUAGCAUUCCACAAACAAAGCCCGUAGAUAUGGAAGUUGUGCAAAGUGCUCUAGAGUCUACCAAAGCUGCUCCAGCAACGAGUAUACAAACAACUUCACAAGUCAGAGAAUCUGCACCUAUACAGAAAAAUACAAAUGUGCAUGCUGACCAACAUGUUAGUCCAAUGUCCACUACUAGUGUUCAAGUUUCCAAAUACUCAGAUGAUAUUCAAACACCCCAAGAAAAUAAGAAUAUUCAAGCUGCUCAACAUGAUAGAGAUACUACAGCUACUAAAGACGUAACAGGUACUCGAACAAAUCUCGUGAUUAAAGAGGAAGAUCCUAAUCUAAAUACGAGGGUCACACAGCAGACGCGAUCUCCAAAAGAAGCCGGCGCGCAUCCCACUAAGGAGGAAUCUAAUAAAUCAGACGGCAGCAUCGAAAAAUUAGUAUCAUUUUUGUCAGAAACAACGAACCCUUAUAUUAAUUCUAGAACAAUGAUAGUUAAUCCACAACCACAUUCAUCGUUUGAUGAAGAAGCGGCGCGUAAGCAUUCAUUACCAACAAAAACCCAACCUACUGCUUUACUUACUGCUGCUUCGGAAAAUGCACUAGCUUCUGAAUCUUCGCUGGUACCGCUAAAAUUACCAGCAACAACUGUUUCUGAAUUAAAACUCACCCAAUAUUUAUCCGAAGAGGAAAUUGUACCUGCCAUAGAUCUUGAUGUAGCCACUACGUCAAAAACAUUAGAUAAUACGCCCUCAGCUGGACCAUCGAAAGCUAUAGAGAAAUCCGAAAAACAACCUGAAAAUAUUAAAAAGGAGCAAACUUCUACAGAGUAUGUUAAGGCGAAAGGUGCUCGCUCAUCCGUUUCUAGGCGUUUCGUUCAUGUGCGAUACGAAGAAAGUGAUACGGACGAUGAGCAGAUAGAAAUAUUAUUGGAGAAAAAAGACGAUAUCGCAACCUCCCCAGACCAGCAUCUUAAUUAUUUCACUAUGGAUAGUGAUGAGCCUGAUCCAAUAAAAGCUCAGCAAAAUGCUAAUAAUGAGGAUCAGAACUCGCAAAGUCAAACAUCUGUGUCGAGCGCAUCUGGCGUGCCUAAGGAUAAAAGCCCCUCUUCUAAAAAACGCUCUGAUUAA